GCCGCGCGCACGGCCCGCGCCGUCCGCCGCCCGCCCCGGCUGCAUCCCGCAUGUAAACAGUCGCCGCGGGUUCGAGCCGCGAGAGCCGGUGUGGGGGAACACCCGCGCCACCCCACGCCACGCCACGCUGCGGGGCCCGCCCGGGAGGAGACGCCGAGAACCGGAGGCGGCGGCUGGGCACGGCGACGGCGGCGGACGCGAUGGAUUUCCAGCAGCUGGCGGACGCUGCGGAGAAAUGGUGCUCGCACACGCCCUUCGAGCUCAUCGCCACGGAGGACACCGAGCGCAGGAUGGAUUUCUACGCCGACCCCGGCGUCUCCUUCUAUGUGCUGUGCCCGGACAACGGCAGCGUCGACAAUUUCCACGUGUGGAGUGAGAGCGAGGACUGCCUGCCUUUCCUGCAGCUGGCACAAGACUACAUCUCAUCCUGCGGCAAGAAGACGCUGCAUGAGGUCCUAGAGAAAGUCUUCACGUCCUUCAGACCCUUACUGGGGCUUCCGGAUGCAGAUGACGAUGCGUUUGAGGAGUACAGCGCAGAUGUGGAAGAGGAGGAGCCGGAGGCGGACCACGCCCAGAUGGGCAUCAGUCAACAGUAACUUCCCAGGUCUCCCUUGGAGGAGGGAGGAGAGUGAGCCUGUGGUGCCCGAGGCAGGGUCGCGUGCACCUCGAAACUGGACGCCCAGUGCCCAGCAUCCAAAUGACAAUGAAACACCUUCCUAAUGACCAGCAGAUGCCUGUGACGAGCUUUGCUCAGAAGUGACCCGAGUCUCAGCCCUGCUGCAGAGGGGUUUCCAUGAAGCUGUCUUGGUCGCCUCUGCCAUCUUGAACUCUGAGUCCAUCGUGGCCGGCUGUCCUUCUGGGGCUUGCUUUGGGAAAUCCACAUUUGCUGACUGGAAUGUAGGGAACUCUGUAGGGUGACCACAUGUGUGACCUUCCUGGGGAAAAGCAUGGCAGAGGGAGAUGCAGUCUGCACUUUGUACAUGUUCAGUGUCUGUAAGUGGAAGGUUUUGCUCAUAAAGCAUGAGUUUGAGUAUCUGAUCAUGAAACUGCAAAUACAAGGGCGGGGAAAAAGAGAAUCGCUUAGCUUUGGACCAAGAGAGUAGAUGGGGCCUCAGAGAAGCCUUGUAGUGUUUUUGCCGCUGUUAAGUUCUCUGGGUGUGCAUGUGCCGAUGGUGCGUUAGUUUUAGGGAGCAACGCUGCUUGCUUGUUCAUUUGUUUCAAAACAUGCUAAGUCCAAAGCUGCUGUUCCAGUCUACAGGUGGAAACCCUGAGUGGGGUGAGAGGCACAAAUCACUGACUCCUAUAAAAUACUGUGAAUCUCCCGUCCGGGAAGUGGGAGGCUUACCUUUUCUCUUAGAAUGAGAUGGCAACUUCCAAAAAAAAUCAUGAAAGCAUCCAGAAUCCAAGUAAGUGCUGCUUAAACUUUGAAGCCAUAGAUAAAUUUAGUAGGAAAAUAAACCAGGAUUAGAAAGCUUUUCAAAAUAUGAUGGAAUCAUCUUUUACUUUCUUAACCUUGUAUUCUUUUUUUCAAAAAAAAAAAAAGUCAAGAAAAGGAUUCCAUUGUGCAAAUUACUAAAAAAAAUUGCAAUCAAGUACAAUGAGGGACCUAACUGCAAUGAACUUUAGGGUGGAAACACCGGGAGGCCUCCAGUCAUCAACAGAUGUUUUCUCAUGUUUACCUGGGACUUUCUGUUGCCCUCUUCCUGUGCCCUUCCCGCCGCUGUGGGCCUGCUCACUCAGUUUGUGGGAUUGCUCCCUGAUGUACCUGCCUGUGCCUGGCACCAGGGUGGGAGGAUCACAGCCACAUAUGCGCAGAUUUCUGGCUGUCAGAUUUCUGAGUAAAUAAUCUGUGACUGCAGAAGCCACAGAACUUCACAGGAGCCUUGUGGGUCUUGCAGGCACCACCAAGUAUACCCAGUUGGCCCAGCAGUUUCUAUUUAAUUGAUUAUGCUACAGUUUUAGAACACUGGGUAGAAUAAAUCAAUGGUUCCCAUCGAUGCCUUGGGCCCACUGCUUAUUUAUUUUUUUUUAUUUCCUUGGAAAAACAUGACCAACAUUCAUUUCCACCCCGUCAGUUGGGGUGGCACUGUCAACCCUUCACUGUCCACCUGUGUCAUGACCAGUUAUGCUCAUGAACUGAGGUCACAGUGAGGCUGUUGAUUGUGGAAAGACCCCCUCCCCCCGCCAGGCAUGGUGACGUGCACUUGAGCACAAGAUGGCUUCCGCAACCGAAAUGUAGAAACAGCCCCUCCCUGAGCCCUUGGAGGGUCAGCUGGAGUUGGGUCCCUUGAGGCACAGACCCCAAAGUUGAUAGGGAUUUGGCAAUGGAAGGGAUGUUUGUAUAAAGUAUAUUGUGUCACAAAAGUGUUUAGGCUGUAACCAGAUACAUCUUGGUGUUAUUGUGUUAAUGUUGUCUGUCAGUGAGAGUGGAGCUGAGACAGAGCAGGCUAUUCUAUGGGCUUAUGAGAAGUCUGUCUUUGUUCUGUCCCGGGCAUAGGUGAUGCAGAAAACCCCUGUAUGUUACUUGCAUCCCAUGGCAAAAGCCCAGAGGGAUUAGCUAAUUGGGUUGUUUCCUCUAAAACUUUGUUUUCUAUGACGUAUCUCUCCGAGUGUU